CGCCGACCUUCGGUUCGGUGGGAAUUUGGCCGCCAGUUACACGUAGACCUCUAUGGUGAGUGAACGUGCCAAGGACUGGGUCUGGUCUAGGAUUAUCCUCCCCUUUUUCAAAAAAAAAUUCUUAACACUUCCUCGGACUUAUUCCCUCACGAACUGCUUUAUUCCAAGUACUGGAUCUUUCUUUUCGGAGUGCCAUGAAAGUUUAGUAGUUUUGUAAAUGAGUUUGUCGAUGAGUACGACUCACUAAUGGAUGUAUAAUAAUGGAAGCAAAGACAAAAUAAGGAUUUUCUCUGUCGAGGUGAAAAGGAGUGGUCAGCGCGUGUCAGUUUUACUGGAAAUCACUGUCGUUUUGCAAACUUCUUCUGGUUGAAGAAUCCAGCCAACUAGUUAGUCCCAUGUUUGUGGCAACUAAAGUCAGUAAUUCUAAGACGAAUGAUGCUUUGCCUGCUGAGGAACCCUAAAGGAGACUGUGGACAGUGACACGACGAAAGCAAGAAAAGCAGAGGGAGAAGGAGGAAGAAAGGAAGAAGAAGACGAAGAAGAGGAGGAAGAGGCGAUAUCGUGGAACGGCGCCAUGCGCCAAUCACUGAUCGUGGCAUGAUUGAGGUGCCAGCAAAUAUUCGCUAAGUGUCGGAGCCAUCAGCGUUUGUACCAAAAACCGAUACCAGAUGGAAAGAACGUGGAGGCAAACAGCCCAGUUCUUAUCAGUGUGGAUACUCAUCCUAUCAGCCAGAGGCGAAGAGACUGCGGCCGCCAGCGGACAGUUGGAAUCGAGCGGCGCAGGCGUCGUGAACAACAGCGUCACGGUUGUUCCUCUAGGGGAGGCGGCCAAGUUGGCCUGCCCCGUUCCUGCAGAAAUGUACGGGACGAGAGUGUCCUGGAUUCGCAACAAGGAUAUCAUGCUACUCGCCUUGGCCGACCAAGUCAUCACAAAGGACCCGCGAAUCUUCGUAACGCACUCGGGGCAUCCUGACAGCAAGGAAACUCCAAGGCACUCUCAGGUCUGGUUCUUGCACAUCAAGGACGUCACGACCGACGACGAAGGGGAUUACCAGUGCCAGACGUCGACGCAUCCUCACGUGUCCUUCCUGACGUUCCUCAAGAUACAGAAGGCCUACAGCAUGGUGCAGGGUCCGAAGGAGAGAGUGGUGGCAGCUGGCAGCGACCUGCAGCUGGUAUGCGUCUUCAAGAACUUCACAGCGCCACCUGCCUACGUCUUCUGGUACCAGGACGAAAAGAUGGUCAACUACGACUCCAGCAGAGGGAUCUACGUGUCCUCCGGAGGACGUGAUCACAGCAUUCUGAAGGUCCAGACUGCCAGUGAGGACCACCAAGGCAAUUACACCUGCGCACCUGCCAACAUUGCCUCCUCUUCCGUCCUGGUCCACGUCAUCCCAGAGACGACCGAGUCGAGUGGCGGAGACAAAGACCAGAAGAGAGAGGAGAAGACGCCAGUGAGACAGCUCGGGGUGAAGAGCGCGUCCUCAGCCGGUAGCCGAGACGUCCCUCGCCUCCUACAGCUCUUCCUCUUCGGGGUUUUAUUCUGCCUGAUGGAGCCCUCCUCUUCCUCCUCCUCCCCAUCCCCCUCCCGCCCUCGUGGUCUUCGUGGUCUCCGGUCUUACGCAACUAUACAAUAGGCCGAGAGGGGGAUUCUCAGGACUGCAGAAAAGGGCAUGGAUACGCUACCAAACAGGCAGACAGACAGACAGACAGACAUACGGUACUCAAACAAACGUGCGAGAUAUUACACAAACAUGUGAGACGAUACACGAACAAACAUACGACUUGUUACACAAAAGCAUGCGAGACGAUACGCAAACAAUCGGGAUGAUACACAAACAAAGGCUACGAGAUGGUACGCAAAAAAAAAAAAAAAAAAAAAAAAAAAAAAAAAACUAGGAGAUAUUACAUACAAAAAGCGUACUAGAUAAUACAUAAACAAACGCACGAAAAAGUGAAGUCCAUCUUAGUUUAACCAGACCACUGAGCUGAUUAACAGCUCUCCUACGUAGGGCUGCCUAUUACACAAACAUACUGGAUGAUACACAAAAGCAUCCGUGAAGUUACACAAGCACACAUACCCUUUAUUACACAAAUCAAACAUACCCGAUAUUACGCAAACAAACAUACGGGAUUUACACAAACGAGGCCAAACAAGGAAGUAAAACGACGACCCUCUGAAUCAAUUGUUCAUUGCCGUAUUCUGCUAUGCGGGAAAAACACACCAAAACAACAUGAUGAUGAUGGCGUCCCGUUGAUUUAUACAGAUUUAAAGCUGCGGCCGAGAUUAUAAUUUAUUAUUUCCAGGACCAAAAGUUUUGCGUGGAAAUUCAGAUCAUUACCAUGUGGAAAUAAUUCAUGGACAAAACGCGUUCUGCUUAACUAUUACAGAGUAUUAUCAUAAAGCUUUUUUUUUUAUUUCAACUGCUGAAUUGAACAGAUGUUUUUAUUUAGCUAUUUAAACCAAAUACAGCUUUUAUACGAGUUUUAAUGUUCACGUUUUCUUCGAGCUUAUUUGUAUGUAAACUUUCAAGUUUGAUUUAUUUUCAUUUUGAUCGUUUCGUUUCGAAUAUUUUUAGAUUUUUUGUUUAAGGUUUGAUAGAAUGUAUGUGCAUUAAAUCCAUUUGUUUAACGGAUUGUUUUAAAAUCAGCUUUUGGUUUAAGCUUUUAUUAUAUUUACCAAAUUGUUUGAAACUAUCGUAGCCGUCAACUUUUAGUUUUGCCUAACUGAUUCAAUAUUUGGAUUCGAUAUUUACUCUGAUCCUAUCGGGCUGAGCUAACACAGCGAAUGAACUUGUUUUCACUAACAUUCUAGGGUAAUGUUACCUUGGAUUAAAUGUUAAAAUUAACAGUUGAGUUUCGGUAGAUGCAAUUCAUAUUUAGUUUUAGCUAAUCUUUAUAAUCAAUGUUGAAUUCAACGUUUGGUUUAUCUAUCUGCAAUAAAUAUCUGUUUUUAACUAACUGUUUUUAUCUCUGAUGCUUUAAAAUAAUUAGUUAUUGGUAUUAGCCUUUGGUUUCAACAUGGCUGAUAACUGAUAUUUAUCAUUGAAUAAUUCCUGUUGCAGGCGGUGUUUUGUUCAUAUAAUUGUUAAAACCAGCGUUCUGUUUAUCUGACUGUUAUCAUCACCCUCUGGUUUUAAAAAAUAUAUAAAUGCAUGGUUUAAAAAUAUAUAUAAAUGCAUGGUUUUUAUUCAUUGCGAUUAACUUUUCAUUUCAGUUAAUUAUUAUCUUUAAAGUUUACUCAUAAAUAUGUAAAGUAGUCCACUCUCAGUUUGAACCAGUAGCUAAUAAUUUCAAUGUUCAGUUCGAAAUGACUGCCUUUACCUACAACGGGGUUCCCGUUUUCUAUACAAUGCACAUGUUCAUGAGUUUCCCCAACACGAUUCUCGAAUCCUUGGCUGUCGAUGUUUACGUCUUGGCUGUCAAUACUUUACAAGUGUCUGUAUUGCAUUUCUUUUUGUUUCCUUUUUUUUUCUUUCUUUCUUUUUUCUAAGUCGAUAUAAUGGACAAGGGGGUGGAAAAGAGAGUGGAGGAAAAGAGAAAAACGACAUGCGUCCAUCUUGAAUUAUAGGUUUUCUUUCCUUUUUUUUUUUCUUUGUUUAUUUCUGGGAUGAGUUUGUUUGUUGCUGUUAUUGAUUCUCGUCUUGUUCUAUUUUGGAAUUGCUGUUUAUUUAUGGUUUUUGUUACUUAUUUACUUGUUUGUAAUGGGUAUUAUUUUUUUUUUUUGCGUUCGCAUUAAAAACGAAGCACAAAUCAUGAAGUCUCGGUCAUUCGCAACCUCAUCAAAUCGUCAUUAUAGUUAAAACCAGUCAAGAUCAAUUUUGACCCGAAAAGAAUAUUCCAUUUUUAAUGCUGAAUAUCCCGAGAGAUAUUGAGCUUGAGAUAUUGGCUGGAAUGCUUAAAAUGAACGAUAGAAUUCGGGGAAUGGAAGUAAAUUUCCGAGAAAUAAGGAAGAAGAGAUAAAAAUCUGCCCGGGAAUUCGAUAUUUAUUACCAUCCGAAAAGUGAAUUCCUGGAAUUUCCCCCCUUUUGCUCCUCGAGGGAAAGGAAGAAAGAGGAAGUUCGGAUUAAAUCCGGUUUCUUUCAAGAAGACUGGACGAUUGUGAUUUCGCGACAUACACGAACGCUUCUUGUUGCGUGUUCCUCGUUGCUUGCAGCAAUAUUUACAACAUACAAAACAUGAGAGCAAAGGCCAUCUAUAUACACACAAACAAACAGAUAGACAAAUAAACAAGCAAAUACAA